AUGGAAAUAGGCAAGCUGGCCUUCAAGGAAAAUGACAAGAGAGUGGCUGUGAUAGGAGCAGCGAGCAACGGCACCCAGGUUGUCCCUGUACUGCUGUCACCGGUCAAAGGCAGGGACCAUCACGUACGGGGAAAGACCUGGGUUUCGAACCAGUUCAGUGGAUACAUAUUGAAAAAUCGUGUUUCCGACGAUGGCUCGACCAAAUUUGUCUAUUCCGAGCAGGAGAAGGAGCACUGGAAUCAAAACUGGGAUGAGAACUUGGCCUACAAAAAGUCGCUUGAGUUCCGCCUCCAGGGAAACCACGAGAGCACUCAGACGAACAGUAUCUGGCCGGCCGCCGCUCGAAAGGCCUACGCGAAGAACAUGAGACAAAGGCUUCCCGCCAAACCAGAUAUCUCCGAGCACUUGAUCCCCAACUUUCCUCCCCUGUGCAAGGGACUGACGCCCAGACCGGGAUAUCUCGAAGCUCUCACGGCUGCCAAUGUCAACGUGAUCCGUGACUCAAUAUUGAGCGUGGAGGAAUACGCGGUUGCUACUGUUGACGGCGUGCGGAGGCCAGUCGACGCUAUAGUCAGUGCAACAGGCCUCGAAACCUCGCCAAGCGCCGGGUUUCCAAUUACUGUCGGGACGGAGUCAACCUACGCGAGAAAUUGCGCAUGCGCAAGACCUGUCAGCCGAAGGACCAUGUCGACGUAUGGCCAAGAUAUCUCAGGCUUCGGAUUUCCGCAGUUGUCGGAUAGGAAGGCCGGCUGCUCAGGCACGAGCGGAAUAGAUACCUCACUUGGUUCCGAACUGAUUGUUCCCUCAGGCAAUACAGCCGUAUCAACUAGGUCAACAUAG